UAAUUAACAUUUUCCUAAAAGUUACACCUUUUUAUUCACACAAAAUCAGCUAUUUUAAGCUUAAGAACCCCAUAAAGAUUGGACCUUAAUAGCUGUUUACUUCUUGUCAUUAGUUUCAAGAAUCUCUUAUUUUGUGGGUCUUAGCUCUAGACAUCAAAUCUAUAGUAGUUGCAUUGGCAAAUCAAGAAUUGUGGAUCAAACUAAGCUUUUUUUUUUGUGUCUGGACAAGUACAAAUCAGAGUCAAAAAUAGAUUUUUGAAAGUUAAGAUUUUGUUUGAAUAGCUAAAGAAACAACCCCAAGUGGCAGAUUUUAGAAUGUGAAGUAUUAUAAAGAUUCACAAGUAUAGGGACAAUGAUUCUUGAAUCAUGGAAAAUUCAAGAAAAGUUUGGUUUUUUAUGUGAAAUGACUGAAAGUCCUAUUUUUUUUUCUGUAAGUAGUUGAGUUUGAGUCUAUAGGUUAGAGUGUACACGGACCUUAACAGUACCACCUCGAGGAGGCAGAGAGGUUGUUUCAGGAAGACCCUCGGCUCGAGUAACAAGUUUGAGUCUAUAGUGAGAGAGGUUAAUGAAUUUGAAGGUGAGGUAGAUUAAGUUAUAAAAGACAUUAGGGUAAAAAUGUCUGAAGAAACUCGUUCAUUGGCUUUGACACCAACAUGGUCUGUUGCUUCUGUAUUGACUAUAUUUGUUGCUGUUUCACUGCUUGUGGAGCGAUCCAUUCACAGGUUAUCUAAUUGGUUGAGAAAAACCAAUAGAAAGCCAUUGUUUGCUGCUGUGGAGAAAAUGAAAGAAGAGUUGAUGCUUCUUGGAUUCAUUUCUCUCCUACUCACAGCAACUUCCAGCAUCAUAUCUAAUAUUUGCAUACCGUCAAAGUUUUACAAUAAUGCAUUUGCCCCUUGUACAAAGUCUGAAGUUACUGAAGAAAGGGAGAAUAAAGAUUUGAAGGAGCGUAAACUUUUGAUGGCUUUUGCUCUUCAAAGGAGAGUAUUAAAUUCCUUCAACCAAAAGACGUGUAGAGAGAACCAUGAACCUUUCGUAUCAUAUGAAGGCCUUGAACAGCUCCAUCGCUUCAUCUUCGUCAUGGCCAUUACUCAUAUAUCUUAUAGCUGCUUGACAAUGCUUCUGGCGAUUGUUAAGGUCCACAGUUGGAGGGAGUGGGAAGAUCAAGCGCACAUGGACAGACACGAUGUACUAACUGAAAUUUCUAGAGCCAAGACAUUCCGAAGGCAGUCUACAUUUGUCAGAGUUCACACAUCAAGUCCACUCGCCAGGAACCAUAUCCUUGUUUGGGUGACCUGUUUCUUCCGGCAGUUUGGCCGCACAGUUGUCCGUGCUGAUUACCUUACACUGCGCAAGGGUUUUAUCAUGAAUCACAACCUUACAUCAAACUAUGAUUUUCACAGCUAUAUGAUUCGCUCGAUGGAAGAAGAAUUCCAAAGAAUCGUUGGUGUAAGUGGUCCUCUCUGGGGAUUCGUGGUGGGCUUUAUGCUGUUUAAUGUGAAAGGAUCAAAUCUGUAUUUCUGGAUAGCGUUAAUUCCUAUCGUGCUUGUCCUACUGGUGGGUACAAAACUGCAGCAUGUAAUCGCAACCUUGGCUAUAGAGAGUGCUGGAAUUACUGGCUCAUUCUCAAGGGCAAAGCUAAAACCACGAGAUGAACUUUUUUGGUUCAAAAAACCGGAAUUACUUUUGUCCUUGAUUCAUUUUGUCCUUUUCCAGAAUGCAUUUGAGCUAGCUUCAUUCUUUUGGUUCUGGUGGCAAUUUGGGUAUAAUUCAUGCUUCAUAAAGAAUCACACUCUGGUCUAUCUACGACUAAUUAUGGGGUUUGCUGGCCAAUUCCUUUGCAGUUACAGUACCUUGCCACUCUAUGCCCUGGUUACACAGAUGGGUACAAACUAUAAGGCUGCAUUGAUUCCACAGAGAAUAAGAGAAACGAUCCACGGAUGGGGAAAGGCAGCAAGAAGGAAAAGGAGGAUGCGCAUGUUCCCAGAUGAUGCAACUGUGACUGAUACAAGCACGGUGAUGUCACUCGAGGAAUAUGAUGACCAGUUGGUCGAUAGCCCUCGGACAGUGCAUGGUGCAGAUAGAGAAAUUGAGUUACAGCCGCCAACAACUGUCUCAGAGGAUCAUCAUGCAGUAACAAUUAACGACACUUCAAGUCGUGUUGGUACUCCUCUCCUUCGACCCUGUGCCUCUAUUUCUUCCUCAGCUUCCCCAAGUCUUCCGCCUGAACUAAUAGCAAGAUCAUUGUCAAUGCCCGCUAGAGGAGAUUUGUGUUUGGAUAGAGAUUAACCACCACAGUAAAGUUGGAGAACAACACGAAGUGAAGCUGGUGUUAAUACACUUUUGCAGGUUUGUUUAACGUCGCAUAUAACAUAUAUACUCGAAGAUGUUUGACAUGUGAAUUCAAAGAAAUAUGCAGGUAGGAAAGAAAUAGUUUGUAUAGUAGCAAAAAUAUUUGCUCUCAAAUGCUCUGGAUUGAAAUAUCUAUAACUGCUCUUUCUCGAUGUAGUAUCCCUUGUAUAAUUAGUUACACAGAUGAGAUGUCUACGUAAGAUGAAGCAUCUUAAAGCUUGUACUUUUUCCUUCCUCGAAUAGUUAAAGAGUUUUAACUUAUAUA